AUGAAUUCGGACUCCAGCUCCAGCAGAGCGUCCUCUCCAGACAUGGAUGGGAUGUACCUCCACCACCUCCAUCCUCAAGACGGCCGCCUGAACUCGGUGUCCUCCACGCAGAGCGAGCUGCUCCAGAAGAUGACGGGCGAGCACGCGUCCAAGACGCCCUCCGGCAGCAAGUACAAGCUCAAGAAGCAGGUGACCGAGCAGGAGGUCCAGCAUCUGCGCUUGAAGAUCAACGGCCGAGAGCGCAAGCGCAUGCACGACUUGAACCUGGCGAUGGACGGGCUCCGCGAGGUCAUGCCGUACGCGCACGGGCCGUCGGUGCGCAAGCUCUCCAAGAUCGCCACGCUUCUGCUGGCCAGAAACUACAUCCUGAUGCUGACGAGCUCGCUGGACGAGAUGAAGCGGCUGGUGAGCGAGAUCUACGGGGGCCACCACUCGGCGUUUCACUGCGGGACGGCGAGCCCGGCCGCGCACCAGGUGCAUCCUCUCCUCGGGAGCGCACUGACCUCGUCGACGCUUUCCAGCACGUUACCGGGACUUACCUCCAUCAGGGCGCCGCACUCUUUGAUGAAGAGCAGCCCCGCGCCUCCGCUGCAUCUCGGCGGCUCGUUCCAGCACUGGGCGGGCUUGCCGUGCCCCUGCACGAUUUGCCAGGUGCCGCCGCCUCCCCACCACCUGCCCAUCACCUCCACAGGACUGACGAGGCUUUCCACAGAGAACAAGGACGUGAUGAAGUGA